UCCGAUGGACCAGCGGAUCAUCUCCGUCCUCCUCAACUUUGAGCACCUGCACGUCAUGUGCUCUUCCGCCAUCGACGGAGACAUGGCCACCAUGUCCAAGGAGGAGCUUUCCUUUGAAGGGGUUGCGCUCGGCGAGACCAUUCAGCGGUUGCCCUAUGCGCUGGACGUGAUGACGCUCCUACCCAUGUGUCAGCAGGCUCAUGUACUGUGCUCAACCUUCAUCACAGGUGCAGAUGGGACAGAGAACACCAGGUCCAGGCCCCGCCUCGGGUACCCCAAACCCAAUGACACCCUCUUCACCCUCCUCACUGACUCUAUGAAAUCCAUGACGGACUUCAAGCUGGACCUCUCUGACAAGGAGAGUCUGCUCUUUGCCCAGUCUGUCCUUGAUCGAAGCAAAGACGACGAUGCGCCUCGUCCCUUCGGACUCGCCUCCUCGGACAUCUCCAGUCUCUUGUCAGAACUCGCAGACAGCGCUGCGGAAGGCUUAGAGAAGACGCCUGUUCCGCAGAACAGGACGAGUACUCCGUUGAUGGAGGAGAACCGGGAGAAGAAGGUGCCGCAGUGGACGCUGUACGUGAAAAGUGUCGGGAAGGAUCAUCUGAUCUUGGUCUUCAUGCCAGCUUCCUAUCAGGACUUAGGGCUGCUCAGUGCAACCAAGGAUGAUCCUGAAGCGGAUUUAUCCAUGGCACCUGAAUCGGAUCAAGCGAAACCAUCCCGUGAGUCCCAUCGCAGCAAGAAUCUGGAUGAGACAGACAGCGAGGAUGAGUGUCCGGCUAGAAAAACAGUGCCACCUGGAGUUGAGAAGAAAACAAAUACGAGCCUCCCCCUUCCCAUCUUCGUCUACGAUUGUUCCCUGGCGGCCCUGACCAAUUUUGUGCUGGGUCGCCUGGAUGAGAGUUCAGUGACGAAUGUCUUCAAGGAUCUGACCUUUGCGUCAAUGGAUGCGGGUGCCCAGGUCCCAACCACGCCAAGGAACAUCCCUAGACACAGGACAAGAGGAUUCAGUGAGCAGAAUGACUCGUUCUCUCCGCCCUUUGCUGAUCGGAGAGGGAGCAAGGCCAUGGAGUGGUUCUGCGGUAGUCUUGCCAACAAGGUCCACCAGGCCUUUGUCAUCGGCCUCUUCAAGAGCCUUCAGUACGGUAAAUGGGUUGACUGUCAUGAUGUCCAGUCGGCCAUCGAACAGGUGUGCGAGGAGUCACUCUAUGAAAUUGACAUCACUGAAUUUGUUCAAGUAGUCUGCGGUCAUGUCUACGGCGUGCGAGCCAAAGUAAGUGAUAGGAUAUUAAUGAUCUAGAGUUGUAGCACAAGAAAAUCUUGAUAGAGCUUGAUGCCGUAAUGUGUCGUCAGCCAUUGGGGUUGUGUGAGGGGAGUGUCUCUCAUUUUAUCAAGUUUGUUCAGGUGAUUUUGUUAUCAUAUAAAUGGCUUGUGAGCAAACAUGAAAAAUAAGAUAUGAUUCUUGAUAGAGCUUAUCAGUUUAUUCAAGAGCCUUUAGUAUGCUCAGUGGAUGUUUUGUUGUUGUUGUUAUAAUAUACUUUAUAAAGAAUCUUUAAAAGAUAUUCAGAAUUCAUACGAAGAUUGGGUAUGCAUUGUGCAUUCUAAUUUAACCAUUGAUAUGUACAUAACAUUUCAACAACAAUUGUACAGCAACAUAAAAAAUAAAAAACUCUUGUU